UGAGUCUUUCGUCAGACAUGCCAGAUUUGUUUACAAAUGGCUGCGAUUGCCAGAUCGUUAUUUGCCAACUAAAUCGUUCCUCUAAGUUAAUGUAACUACUUCCGAAAUAAAGAGAUUCUAGUUGAACGCAGGUUAUUUGAGAUCAAGAUGUGGUUCUACCUUUGGCCUCACACAGUUUACCACCUGAUGAGGUGGUUCCCACGAAACAACAGAGUCAAGGCGAGAGUUGUUGUGAUCCUGUUCACACUGGCACUGUUGGUGCCACAGUUUGUCAUUCUGUUCCAGCCUCACACAGGCAGGUAUUGUGGAGGACAUCUGCUUGAGCUGCUCAUCACUGGAGUUGUGCUUUCAUUCCUUAUGGCCGGUUUCUCCAUCAUCUUCUCCAUCAUGGAUCCAGUGGCCAACCAAAUUAAGAUUGCCUUCCAUGUGUCUGGUGUGAUCAACUUGUUGUAUCUUGUUUCUUGUACAGUUCUUUUCUUUACCAAGUCAGCUGAUUGUCUUGUAAACACACAAGAGCUUUACUACUACAGCUUGGCCAUGCUGACACUGUCUCUCGUUGCAGCUGCAUUGCUCCUGGUUACCAUACCAUUCUGGAUAGCUAACUCCCUCCACAAAGAUAACAUUCUCAACAUGAAACAACGUGACGGUGUGUGUUACGAGCCGGUCAGGUGUUGUCAGUGCAUCUGGCACAUCUAGGAAAAGGCACAAACAAAUGAAAAACUGGGUGUAACGUAUGUACCGAAGUGAGUGACAGAAAUUGGGUGCGAAAGUUUGAGGUGCAAGUUACAUGAAUUUACCAUUGCUCUGCACCCAUUUUAGCAAAGUUUUUCAUAAUGACUAAUGUGUCAGUUGGUAGAAAUAUUUAAUGACAAUCACAUAAACGUGCAUGUGUAUAAUAGUUCAUGGUGAAAUUCCAACCAAAAAAUUUCGCUUCUGUCUGAAUUGUUCUGAUAUAAUUUGUUGUGGUCCAUUAUUAGAAUAUUUAAAGGCCUACGCCGUUUGUUAAAAAAAUUUGAAUUUGUAAUUGAAUUUGAAAAAUUUCAAUUGCAUAAAUACAUACUGAAUAUAAUUUUCAGCAUUGCCUUUGUGUAGACAUAUAUACAAAUACUAUAAAUACCAAGUUUCAACAAAUUCAUAUUCAUAAUAACUGCACUACGGCAUUGUGUAUUAGUGGAUUUCUAUUUAACUAGACCACAAGUACAUUGUUUUUGGAAUGACUACAUUAUUAAUGUCUGCAUUCCCUUUUGUAACAUUUAAUUCAGACUUUUUCCUUAACUCUUUGAGACUGUUGAAUGGCAUCGGUCGUUUAAGGUAAAUCAGGCACCAGUAACGUUGAACGACCUAUGCCAUUUGCAUACAUCACUUUCAACAUACGGUUUUGUAGUGCUCGGCACUGUCUGAAAUCAAUCUGAGAGACAUCUACAAUUAUUCUUGAUUACUAACAGCUGUGUUAUAAUAUUUUUUCUUACUAUGGUUGGGUGUAUAUGGUGGUGUCAGCUAGCAGAGUAAGUUAAGAUAGCGAUAGUGUCUUCAAAAUGUUAAAACCCAUUAGAAAUUGAUAACCAAUGUGCAGGUGUUGCAGCAGAAGUUGGCGUGAAGUUGAAGUAAUGUAGAAAUGAGGUUAACGUGAUUUUUCACCAACUUGAAUGAAUGAAUGAAUAUAAGAAUUUCUAUAGCGCCUGAAUUAAAAGAAAAACUUAAAUUCUCAGGCGCUUUACAAAGCAAAACACUCCCUGAAAAGGUGUUGUUUCAGGAGAGUUUUGAAAAUGUCUAUGGAACCAGCAAGCCUGAUGUUGGAAGGUAGCUGGUUCCAUAGAACCGGUGAUGACUUGUAAAAAGAACGGUCACCAAAGGUUUUGCACUUAGUGCGAGGGACCACCAAAGUUGGAGCAAUAACAGAGCGGAGAUGGUAGGUGGAAUGGUGCCUCAGUCUGACCAUAUCACACAGGUACGCAGGUGCGACUCCAUGUAUUGCCUUAUAUGUAAAUAAAAGCACUUUGAAAACAAUCCUGUAUUUAACAGGAAGCCAAUGGAGUCGCAUGAGAACCGGUGUGAUACGAUCAAACCGCGGCACCAGACACACAACGCGAGCUGCAGCAUUAAAAGUGCACGCUGCAGUCUGGAGAGUUGAUGUGUAGAAAUGCCAUAUAGAAGGGAAUUACAAUAAUCAAUGUGAGAAGUGACAAAGGCAUGAACAAGAGUGGUGGUUGACUCGGGACUGAGGAAACGUCGAAUUUGGCGGAUCUUAUAAAGACCCAGGAAAGCCUUGGAGCAGACCCUACUAACAUGGGUUUCCAUAGACAUGUUUUUGUCAAAGUAAACACCAAGGUUUCGUACCGAUUUGACAGGUGAAAUUGAGGCCUCCCCCACUCUGAUUGGACCCAUAUCUACCUUCUGGAGCAUUUGUCUAGAACCGAUAAAAAAUGAACUCUGUCUAAAGAUCAUUGAUGAGGAGCUCGUUCUCGAUCAUCCACGCACGGACAUCAGCUACACAUGCUUCUGUUUCGCACAUAGCUCUCUGCUGGUUAGUAGAUGCCAAAGGACGGAAAGACAUAUAGAGCUGAUUGUCGUCUGAAUAGCCAUGCGCAUCUGGAAAGUGACGUGAAAUGAUGUGAUAAAGCCUUGACAUAUAGAACAAAAAGAGGAUGGGUCCAAGGCAACUGCCCUGUGGAACACCACAAUGGAGUGAAAAAUGCUUAGAUUUGCUACCAUUGAUGACGACACACUGCUCUCUAUUAGAGAGAUAAGACUUCAGCCACUGAAGGCAAAGGCCAGUGACGCCAAAAUCUGUCUCCAUGGUUUGAAGCAAUAUGUCUACUCUACAUCAACCGUAUCAAACGCGGCACUUAGAUCUAGCAAGACUAGCAAGCAGACUUCCUGAUUGUCCAUUUUCAUAAGAAUGUCACUUUGAACCUUCAGAAGAGCAGUCUCUGUCGAGUGGUUCUUGCGGUAUGCGGACUGGACUGCUGGUAGUGGGGCAGAGUUAUCACUGUGGACCAUUAGCUGGUCAACUACUACCCUCUCAACAAGCUUAGACACAAAUGCUAAGUUGCUAACCGGCCUAAAGUUGGAAAAGGUCCGAUCAAGUCCUGCUUUCUUUAACAAAGGCGAUACCAGGGCACACUUCCAUUCAGUAGGAACUCGAGCAUCCUGUAGCGAGAGAUUCACGAUGCGAGCGAUGACUGGUAACAGAGAGUCAACACAUAGCUUAAGCAUCCAGGUUGGGAUCGGAUCGAGCGAACAGCUCGCGCUUGAGGACUUCAUGAUCAGUUUUCGAAUUUGCUCGUCGGACACUGUACUAAAAGCAUUAAUUGACUUCUCUGCUGUAGGAGCGGAGACAAUGGGACAGUUAACUGUGACUGCCCUGAUUUUGCUUUUAAUAAUGUCAACUUUACGGACGAAAAAAUCACCGAAGUCAUUCGCGAGUACCUUGUACUUUUGUCCUUGCACAUGCUGUAUUGUCUGACGAUCACUAGAAAGUUUUGCUGUUCAAAAGAUCGUCUGGAGUUUCACCAUUGUCCACAUUGGCUAGACUUAUGUUGUAGUAGUCCUAUUUUGAGCUGUAAUGACAUAAGCAUGUUUUUGUUUGUUUUUAAGUGGCAGUGUGGUUUGAAAUGACUUUUUUUAUGUAUUUGCCUUGAUUUCCAAAGAAACCAAUUUAAAAUUUCAUUUCCUAUAACAUAUCAAAAGCCUGAGGAGACUUUUGAAACCAUGUUUCUAUUUGUUGGUAAUACAUUUAUAGGGUCAAAUCCAACUGUUCGUGAUUUACGUGUACAUCGAUGCUUGUGCUCCUGUACAGACCUUCAUUCAUGGUCCAAUGAUGAAGUCAUUAACAAAAAUUCAAACCCCUCUUAUCUUCUUAAGAAUUGUGUUUCUAUGGUCAGGUAGGCGUACUCUAUCCCACAACACAUUAAAAUCAUUUGUAGCCUGCAUGUAUAAUAGCAGUCACUCAGCUCCCGGACUAUUCUGUCUUGCUAAAUAAUUCUAUAAUCUCUUUUGCCUUCCUAAGGCAGCUAGUCUUGGUAGUUGAUAAAGCUUGGAAUCAGUGAAACCAUGUAACCAGUGAUAAACCUUGGAGUAGUCAGUACUAAACCGUGGAAUCACUGUGCAAGUUCCACGUGAAAUCGGGCGCGUUCCUUCCACGAUUUAUACCCUCCCAACUGCCAAUCUCGUCCCAGCUGACUUUAUUGAUAGCAAUUUGCCAGUAGUUCCAGAAUCAACCUUUUUGUGGAGGAUAACGUCAUCAUUGAAUGCAUUGGAAAUGUGUUGUUGUCAUUAAAAAAUAAACUUAUAUUCAUGACGGGCCGCCAUUUGCAAAUGUCUAAUUAUUGCUCUUCGAUGAAAGCAAAAGUAAGCUUUUGUGAUUGUUUUGUAUUCCAUAUACUAAAAUAAAACGUUUUUAUCAAAAGAAUCAUUUGUAUAUAUAAUGCUCUGAUAAAGCUUAGUAGAUAUGACAAACAUGCACACGGGAAUCACUAAAAAAUGUGUCCGCUUAGAACUGGUUACAUCACGAAAAUAUCUCUACAUCCCUCGAUGUGUACAUGAAUAUGUACGAAAUCGCUCACAGCGAAGGAAUUUAUUCACAUUUUUCUUCUCCAAACCCGGCUAUAACCUUCGGUAAUAAACCUUCAUCUACGUUUCUACGGAUAAGUGCCAGCCGGUGCUGCAUGAUGUAGUCAAUCUUCUCUGUAUCACCCUGUAUGAUCACACCGCUCCGUAGUUCAAAUAGGCCCGUGCGAUGGCGUAGUAAGCGGAGCGCUGAUUGGCCCAUAUUAUGGGUGUGUGGUGGGCGUGUCGUGACGUGCAUGCCUAUAUUUGGGAGAUCAGUAAUGUACACUGGAGGCGAGGUAUGACUGGGUUGUUCUAAAAUAUAUAUUAUUGAAUCGGAUAUGCGACUGAUUUCUAAACUAUCGUCAAAUUCCGAUCUGAUCAUGUAAAAAUAAGCUCCAAAUAUUGAUUCGUAACCACCUUAGGUUCAAAUGGCAUUAUUUCAUGUUUUUAUGCAUUUUUAGGACUGAUUCCAAGGUUUAUCACUGGUUUCAAGGUUUCACUGGUUCCAAUCUUUAUCACCUACUGCUAGUCUUACGUUCAACUCAUCCAGGCUGGCCUAAACGAUGGCUGUCAAUUUCAAAUCUAGUGAACGCAUUAAGCAUUCUUAUGUUAUUGAAAACUGCCUGUAGUUUACACCAGUAUUUCAUUUGUACAUUUUUUAGUCCUUGUGAUGAAAAAGUAUUCUUCCUUUACUGACGGUAAAGUAUUAUUUUGCGAAGCUUAUCAUGAUUUCAAGAACAUAUAUUUUUGUACUGCAGCUGUAUCAAAUGUCUUUCUGGAUUACAAUUUGUUGUAUUUUGAUACAACACAUUGUUAUAAAACCCUUUCACAAUUGAAAUUAUGAUUUUGAAAAAAUGUCUGAUAUUUUUAGCUCACCUCUUAGCAGAGGUGAGCUUAUCCCAUACCGUGGCGUCCGUCGUCCGUCGUCGUCGUCGUCGUCGUCGUCGUCGUCGUCGUCGUCGUCCGUCGUCGUCCGUCGUCCGUUAGCACGGCACGUUUCGUAACUGUUAGAGCUAUUGAGUUGAAACUUGGUACACAUGUACCCUUAUGUAAUGACACCUUGGAGACCAAGUUUCGGUCCGAUUCGUUUCAUGGUUUGGCCACCAGGGGGCCAAACGUUAAAAGUAAAAAUAUGCAAUAUCUCCCUUAAUAGUAGUCGGGAAAUUUUGAAAAAAAUAUGGUAGGUACUUCUAGCAAAGGUGCAUCAUAUAUCCUCCGGGUUUUUGAUUUGACCUCCUUUUCAAGGUCACAGAGGUCAAAUGGUGUAAAUUGGCCGUUAGGAUGUAACGAUGGCACGUUUCUAAACUGCAAUGACUAUUGACACCAAAUUUGGUACACAUUUACCCCUUAGUCAGGUGAUCUUAGGGACCGAAGUUUGGUCCAAAAUGAUUCACCACUUGACCACCAGGGGGCAAAAUCCAAAAACCUUAAAAAAUGUGAUUAUUCCUUAACUUCUUGCCCGAUUGCCACCAAUUUGAUAUCAUUGGUACAUCUAACCACCAUACAGUAUAUGUCACACAGGUUUUUAAUUUGACCUUCUUGUCAAGGUCACAGAGGUCAAAUGGCAUAAAUUCGCCGUCAGGCCGUAACUUUGGCACGUUUCUUAACUGCAAUGACUAUUGAUCACAAAUUAAGUACACAUGUACCCCUUGGUCAGGUGAUCUCAGGUACCGAAGUUUGGUGCGAUCUGAUUUGCCGUUUGGCCUCCAGGGAGGGGGCCAAAUCCUAAAUUCUUCAAAAUGCCAUUAUUCCUAGUAAUGACUUGCCUGAUU